AACCAGUUUCAUACAGUAUAUCUGUCUCGCUCAUAUAACCCACGUGUUUUUUUUGACAACCCUUUUUGCAAUUUGCUUUUCAAGCAAUUUAAUCGAAUUUCAAUUUAUCCUUUUCAAUUGAAUAAAUCUUAAAAAAGUUUUUUUCACCAUGGCAGGGCCGCCCCCCCGCAGAGGGGGGAAGUUUUCCGACUUAGACUUGGUAGUCCUAAGUAAUCAACAUCAAACACAAAAAGGAAAACGUGCACGCGUUACCUACACAGGUUUGGACUUUUCUACGAACCCAAUCAACUCCGCAAACCCAAAAUAUAUUGUUAUAUCCUCAACAGACAGUAAUAAAUCUCUAAAUUCAUUCAAUGUCUUCGAACUACGCAAAGCAAUCGACGGCAUAAGUACCCAAUGGGAAACAAUCUCCCAACUCCGCGACGGCAACCUCCUUAUUCUUACCAAAUCAGAAGCUAUCGCACGUAGAUUCAUCGCAACGAAAACGCUCGCAAACUUGUGCCCUAUCUCUGUGAAAUUUCACGAUUCCCUCAACUUAAGCAAAGGUAUUAUCUAUGCCCCCUUCUUAAAUAACUGCCCGGAUACCGAAAUCGCGAAAAAUAUGGCUUCUCAAGGUGUAACAAGUGCUUUCAAAUUUACUAAAUCUGUCGACAACAAAAAAGUUCCCACUGGGCACAUAGUUCUCACAUUCAAUUUAUAUAAUCAUCCUGAACAAGUGGUAGCCGGUUGGUCUACGGUACUAGUCAAGGAUUAUUUCCCUAAUCCCAUGAGAUGCAAAGUGUGUCAACGUUUAGGUCAUACGAAAAAUCGGUGCACUGGCAAGCCCACGUGUUAUGUAUGCAACUUACCUCCACACACGCCCGUUCCAUGUACAAGAACAAUGUGCGUCAAUUGCGAAGGAGUUCACCCUUCCAACUCAAACGAAUGUCCACGAUACAUUCAAGAAAAACAAAUACUAGAAAUCAAAACCAAGCAAAAAUGCUCUAUUUCAGAAGCUAGGCGACUAUACAAUAAAACAUUCCAACAAAUCAACCCGUCUAAAACCUAUGCCUCUCAAAUACGUGGCCAAAACUCUAACUCAACUGCUACUGAAAAAAACGCGAAUACAACCGAACCACCAUCCCCCCAAAAUAAAACAAUAAAAUCCAUCCCCUCUUUACCCUCAAACACAAAUCAAUCUGAUCUAGCCCCGGCUAAAUCAACAUCCAAUCCAGGAACUUCUUCACCUCCAAACUCAACGAAUCCAGUCUCUGAAAACGAUUCUUCCAUAGACUUUGAUACCCAACCUUCAAAAACAAAACCAUCCACAUCAUCAUCUACAAACAAUCCUACCAACAACCUUACAACAUCAAUUCAAACACAAUCCACCCCAAUCAAACCACCCACAAACGAUGAAACUAACAUCACAAAAUUACCCAACUCUCCUAUAACAAUUAUGACUAAAGAUUUAAUUUUAAAAUCUCAGUAUUACACCUCAGCUCCCGCACAAUCUAACGACGAUAGUGACGAAGCGACGGACGUCAUUAUGGAAUAA